AUGGCCCCUCCGCUCGAUCCUCUCCCUUCAUUCGACCAGCUUCCCUUGCGCGAGGGCGACCCACCAAACUCGGCCUGGGGACUUUGGGGCAACGGGCCAGACAGUGCACUGGGAUCCUUGAACUAUUUGACCGACGAGUUGGUGUUGAAGACAAUCAAGGAAGAGGUGAAAACCGGAGAGCGCAUUGGCCUAAAUCUCCCUCUUGAUCUGUUCGAUCCGCCACUUCUGGGACGGGCCGGUUUCGAGCAGAAGAUUAUCGACAAGAAUCCGCUUGUAGUCAACGAUGACGUGAUUACUUUCAACACUCAAGGGAGCUCUCAAUGGGAUAGCCUGCGUCAUUUUGCGUAUCAACAAGAUAAGAAGUUCUAUAACGGGACGACUCAAGCGGAUAUCCACGCUUCUAGCCGAACGGAAAUCAAUGGCUUGCAGAGCUGGUGCUCGAAAGGGCUCGCGGGCCGGGGCGUAUUGAUUGACUAUGUUUCGUAUGCACAACGUCGCGGUAUCGAAGUGAAUCACUUCGCGGGUCACGCCAUCUCAAUCGAAGACGUGCUAGCUAUCGCUGAGGAGCAAGGAGUCGAGUUUCGCACUGGAGAUGUGCUUUUCCUGCGUACUGGCUAUGUUGCCGCCUACAAGGCUCUAGACGCAGAAGGCCGAGAGAGGGUUUCCACCGUGCGUGAGUGGUGCGGCCUUGGUCAGUCCCGAGAAACGACAGAGUGGCUCUGGAAGAGACAGUUUGCUGCGGUGGUGAGCGACUCGCCGGGAUUCGAAGUACGACCCCCGACAGAUAAGAAGUGGCAUCUUCACCCAAUCCUGCUGGCCGGAUGGGGAACACCACUAGGGGAGCUGUUUGACCUAGACAAGUUGGCCGAGAUCUGUGCCAAAAAUAAGCGCUGGUCCUUCUUUUUUACGUCGGCACCGCUGAACUAUACUGGUGCUGUGGCUUCACCUCCCAACGCGACAGCUGUUUUCUUGGGCAAGUCGGCGCAGCUGCUCCAGAACUUGGCCCUUAUUUCCAGCCAGUGGCGUCAACUCAUCCACAACGAUGUAAUGGUUGGUCCCAGUGGACGUCAUGAAGUUAACAGGCUUGUUAUCACGCGUGAGAAACCCCACAGACGUCGGUCGCCAGAAGCGCAGGUCGCUGGGACGUUCGAGCAGCGCCUCCUCGCCAACGGCGGCACGAAAGGCUUUGUAUUCAGCGCUCGCGCGUCCGCGAAUAUAUUUUCUGGGGCCAUGAUCUUACACUUCGAGCCCCCUCAGCCAAUGGUGAGGGACAGUGUCAUUGUCUUCGGCACUCCGGAACCAGGCAUAUGCCUGGCACUUGGGCUCAUUGCUAUGGGUGACCGGGGCGAUUUUAGAGAUAUAUUCAAGGAACUGUGA